CUCGCGUACGGCGCCGCCCCUCGCCACCGCCGUUGCCAUCGCUGCCGCUGCCUUUCCUUCUUCUCCGGCGCCGGCGUGAAGCCCAGCAUGAGUGAGGGUUCCACUGCUUCGGGCCCGUCCGUGUUCGGGAGCCAGGGGAAUCGGCUCCGGCUGGAGGACUGCCCCAACUGUGGAUGCCGCCUGAUCUGUAUCCGCAGCAAGCAGCCGGAGACGUUCAAUCAGAUGUUUUUCAAGUGCCCCAACAACGUGAGGGGAGAUCCAAACACAUGUGAAUGGAUUCGGUCUGAGCGUCAGUACGAGACUUAUUUGUGUGUGCUGGAUGCACGAAAGCAGCAAUGUGGCGACCUCCAAGUCAUUGGAGAUGCCAGGAUGCAAGCUCUGUGUGAGUUGAAGGACUAG